CGGCGAUACGGUGUUUACGGUGAUGUUAACGGCGACGGCGACGGUUCACAAUCUCGCAGGCGCAACGCUACGCCGCCAUACGCUACGUGAAAGAAACGAAUCGGAAAUUCAAGUUCAGUUCAGUUGCCCGGUCCGCGCCGCUCAGAAAUGAGUGAAAUCUCAAAGGGUCCCCCGACGGAACCGGUGCCGAGUGCCGCGAACAGGCUAGAAGCGGUUCACUGCUGCUAUAUUAUAAGCAAAAAUAUGGCUUGAGUGCUGCGCGGUUGCCGGACAUCUUGCGGCAUUUUACGGUUGUUUUCGGGUGCGCGCGUGUGGGGACCACAAGUGCUGUGAGGGAAAUAUAUGAGUUUAUGGCGAAGAAGCUAAACGUGACAAUUUUGAUGUUUGAGUACAGCCCACAGGUAUGGGACGAAUUGGUAGAAUCAACGUAGCAGAUGAUUAAUUUGGACGGACUCUCCCAAACAUUUGCAAACGGUAGCGACGGCGGCGGACCAAACACCCAAACACGCGCUCGUAUUUCCUCGACGGACGUCAACACACCCAAUAUAUACCUAGCCUACCCUAGUUAAUCAUUCCUUCGGUGGCAUUUGACCAGUGCAGACGCGAGCGUCUCUCUAUCGGAAAAACAGCUGAGCUGAGCGCGCAAGCCAGCACUUUUCGUUUUUUUAAAUAAAAUUCUUACGAUUGUGGGGAGCGCCGGACGUCAUUACCGCGCGGUAUAUUGAGACCUGGUCUUCGGUUGAGCAGCUUAUUCAUUCGACGGUAGUCAUACGAAGAGGAUAGCCUUAAGGCCGGAUACAGUGCAGUGUUAGAAAGUUGGUGAGCUCAGUCUCUGAUAUCCAGCCAUAGUAGCAGAUCCUGUUGUGUGCAGUUCAAGUUCAGCGAAGAAGUAAUUUCGGAAAAAUGUGGGUCGGCCUCCCGGGAAGAAAGGCCUGACACGACUGGAGUUCGUGACAUCGUUUAGUGAAAAGUUUCGAAAAGUGUGUGAAAAAAGUGUUUGCGGAGUGAUAGUAACUCCGUAAUCCCUACGGUUCAAGGGACCAUUGACUACCUAGAUAGCGCGCGCGCGAAAGCGUCACGCAACCACGACUACGCAACGUCACCCGUUUAAAGAUAGGCUUGUUGGUUGAAGUUCGCCAAACCGGCGCGUAACCGGCUUGAUGAGAAGAAAACCAGUGCAAACCGAUUUGAAGCAAUCGUUCGCGAGACUUAUGUAUUACAUCCGGAAAAAGGACUUUCCCAGUCAAGUGAGCCAUUGUCAUCGUUACUCCCCAAAGGACCCACGACUUAGAUCUACGCAGCUCAAACUAUCGACGUUAAUACGAGUGAAUAGUGCCAUUACCCGCCAGAGAACUAUACGUAACGCCCCAAAAGCCGUCACGGUAGAGACCAGAUAGGAGCUGUGCUAUCGUGUGCUGGUCGAUCACGAUCUGUAAAAGCUACCGUCAGCAGGAACGGUUCCCAACGUCUCCGGCGCAGCUGUGUUAGUGUAUUGCGCAGUUCAACAACAAAGCCAAUCACAACCGUAAAUAUCUAUAAAGACCGAAAAAGCAAUAAACCAAGCAAAGGAGCAUCGCCGUCUCCAACGCCGUUCGUCUUCUAGGUGGUCGUUAGUCGCAACAGAAGAUUGCGCCCGUUGACAACGCGCUUCGAAACGCUUGCUUUACGGAGUCGAGGUCGGGAUUGUGGUACAUCCGGGCUUCGUACGCACUUGCCGUGCAGGUCCGUCCUUAGUCGUAGCACUCGUUAGGAUCUGUUUCGGAUAGGCAGAACUCGAUUCGUAGAUCGCACGGAAAGUGAACGAAAAGGUCUUGAUGUGCUUUGCCAAUUGCCUCCAACGUGGAAUCGUUGCUGAUAUUUGGAAGCUUUUCCAAUCGGUCGGCGGCAUACCCGCGGAAACCGCGCACAGUGAUUAUUAUUAGAUCUGAAUAUUCUUUGCAAAGUGAGCCAAUUACACCUGAAGGUCAGUCACACGGCCGCUCUGGGGAUCGCUUAGAAAGCGAAAGUUCAAGGCAUCUGUGAUAAAUUUCACCCAAAUUAUUCGCUGUCGAUUAUCUGCCUGCCUUUUUCUCUUUUAAAUCUGAAAGUUUAUAAAUAUACCACCUGAAAAUGGUCGUUGAAAUUCAAAUCACUGACCCCAACAACAAGAGUCACAUUCUCCGGAACAAUACGGAUACCCAGCUGAAUCAGAACAACGGCAACAACAAUGGCACUCGCUUCGGCAAAGAGGAACUGGAGGCGAUCAAGACUACGCUGCUCAACGCCAACGAAGUGACGUUCUGCAAUCUUUCCGAUGACGAUCACGACGACGAUGAUCGCCGAGCGAUGUCGCAGUUGACGGUCGUUGAUCCCAACCGGCGCAAGCCUCGUCUCAACUCUGAACUCUCGGAAGCUGACUCGAUUCUAUCGUCCUACAAUGAACCUCUGAGAAAGCCGAAACCGAAGAUACCGGACGGUGGCUGGGGCUGGAUGGUAGUAUUGUCAUCGUUGGUGAUUUCGCUCAUCAUGGACGGCGUAUCGUUCUCAUUCGGGUUGAUCUACACUGAGCUGCUAGCGUACUUUGGGGAGUCUAAAUCGAAAACCGCUUGGAUUGGGUCACUGUUCAUCGCCGUGCCACUUCUGGUUGGUCCCAUUAUGUCUAACCUUGUCGAUCGCUAUGGCUGCCGGAAAAUGUCCAUGAUUGGAGGAACCGUUGCAACGCUUGGCUUCGUCAUUUCAUCCUACUGCCAAUCGGUUGAACAGCUGUAUUUCUCGUUCGGAAUCUUGUCCGGAUUAGGCUUAGGAGUUCAAUACGUUACCGUCGUUGUUUCCAUUGCAUUCUGGUUCGACAAGAAGCGAACCUUUGCCACCGGAAUCGGUGCUUCCGGUACCGGUAUUGGUACUUUCCUCUACGCACCCUUCACUCAAUACCUCAUAGAAAAUUUCGGUUGGCGUGGGACCACCCUAAUCCUAGCCGGAACGCUGUUCAACAUAGUCGCCAUGGGCGCAUUGAUGCGCGAUCCUGAAUGGAUGAUUGAGGAGGAACGCCUAGAAAGUCGUUCCCAGAGCAUCACGACCUUCUCCAACUCUAGCGUCUGCCUGGAUGAAAUCAAGAAACUUCUCGAAACGGGCGUCCCCAAGGAACAUCUCCUCGAUACUUUGGUGACCAACGUCAACACGGAAGCGAAUCAAGUCAUUCCGCCGGACGACCUAACUAUUACGAAAAAGUAUCAAAGUGAACUAACACUGCCGACGUUCUUCACGCACGAUCAUGAACUCGUCAAACCACAGCCACAUGGUGGCAGCCGACGUUCCCUACGGCAAGCCCUCUUCGCGAAGGAGGCUUUCCGCCGCCUAGAAGAAGAACCUUCCCCUGUCGAGGAAACCAAGAACAUGCUAGCUAAGCUUGCCAGCACGGAAUCGCUUAACUCGUACGAGAAAAUAUCCAGCACUGGUUAUGGGGAUACCGGAAGCAGCAGUCGCAAAGCCUCUCUCCAGACGCUCAGUGUUAACUCUCUAGACGAAGGAUAUCUCAGUUGCCAGCGCCAAAAAGAACUGCAAUCCCGCGGAGGAGGUAGCACCUGGUCCUUGGAUGAGACCACCCUCGCCAUGAAGAACGCCGCCGAGGACGAGAAACGGUCCUUCCGCGGAACCUCACUGGACGUGGUCUACGAAAACGAGAUCUUCAAUCCCAACGUGAACACCACCGUUACUCUGGUCGUGCCCAAGCAGAAGAAGAUUCAUCCUAAGCACAAAAAUGGCGGACUGCGGCGGACCAACAUUUCGCAUCAUCCGCUGCGAUACUCGCACUACUUGCAGAAUAUGCGCGUCCACCGGAACUCCAUCCACUACCGAGGUGCCUUGCUGAACACUCCCCGGUAUCGCCUUAAGGCUUCGUCCUGUCCGAACAUCUACCGCAACUCUAUGACGACCAUUGCGAGGGAGAAGGACGAGAUCUAUAUUGUUCCUUCACACAGGUAUUUGUUAAGAAAAUGGUACGACAGCUUAAUCGACGCCUUGAAAACCAUGUUCGAUUUUUCACUGUUCUUCGAGUACAAAUUCGCCAUGAUGUCCAUUUCAACGCUACUGCUGUUCAUUUGGUACAUCAUUCCUUACUUCUACAUCCCGGAUUAUAUGCUGAUGAACAACUUCACGGAGCAAGAUGGUGCGAACCUGAUCUCGAUCAUCGGCAUUACCAAUACCAUCGGUAUGGUCGGUCUCGGUUGGUUGGGUGAUCAACGCUGGGUGAAUGUGACCAAGACGUACGCGAUUUGCAUGUUUUUAUGCGGCGUGUCCAUCGUCCUGAUGCCCCUGGUAAUCACCAGCUACGGAACAAUGGCCGUACUUAGUGGCCUAUUUGGAUUUACCUUUGCCAGUACAUUCUCCUUCACACCCAUCAUCCUGGUCCGGUUGGUAAGUCUGGACGAUUUCACCGUUGCUUACGGGUUAUGUUUGCUGGUGCAGGGUAUUGGCAGUCUCAUCGGACCACCGAUGGCCGGUUUCAUGUACGAUCUGACUGAGCAGUGGGACAUCUCGUUCUACGCCGCUGGGUUCUUCAUAUUUUUGUCGGGUGUAUUUGCUUGGGCCGUCGGUACACUAGACACCGAAAGUGAAGAGAAAGAAAGCGAAGAACUUAGUUCAACCCUGUCGGAGUAGGUCUGGGGUUGGGAUAGGCGAUAGGUACGCUGUUCUAAAAAGUAGAACGUUUCGCAUAACGUUUGAAUUAUUGAAAGUUUGCCAGAAAGUGUGUUCAUUCUUCUUUAUACUAAGCGAUCGUUAUUUCAAACGUCUUGACUCUUUGACUAAAAAAUGUCUUCAAAUGGACACCCACAUAAAACUUUGGUUUGGAGAACCCUAAAUCCGACAUGUCACCCAGGACAGUGUUGCAUUUCUAUUAAAAUGCAAUUAUAAUCAAAUCGUGUAUCACAUUUCGUACUCACCUUCUCGACAAAUAACGUUUACUAUUUUCAUUUUUCCUCAGUAUUCCUACCUCAAAAUUAUACCAGUUGUGUUUUACAGUAUAAAAUACCGCGUUGUGCAAUUUUUGAGCUAUUAACCACUAAUCUUUGAUCAGGUAUCAAAUCAAGCAAACAUCAAAACCAAACGCAUGCCUUACAUAUUUUCGACAUAUAUUCUGAAAACGUACUUUAACCUCUAGUUUUUAAGGUAGGAAAUGGAUCUCAUAGUUCUCAAUUUGCUGAACCAACUUUCUGAGAUGAGAACUUCGCAUCUUCUAGACCAUUUUAGUAUAGUAGCAACGAAUAACGAAUUUAGAUCAAAAUUAGGAACUUUUAGGUACCAAUCACCAGACAUCAUACAGGCGAAUCGUAGGAGAAAUCAUGUAGCUGUACGUAGCGAGUAUUGUAGCAAGGCCUUCAUUAAAUGAGUACCGAAUUACUAGAUUAAUAGGUAGGAUGAAAUCAGUAUACUUCGGUUCGCUGAGCGCUGAAGACACACGUGAUAGGAGUUUGUACGUUAAAAGAUUUGCGUUAUUGUUCAAGGCAGAAUCGUCUCAUACGAAUUAUGAAAUUGAAAAACAUGCAUGACCAUGAUUUAAAA